AUGCACCUCACAUCACGUAGCAGUUUCCUUCAACGGAUCGAUAAAGCAAUACCUGUUCGUGCAAAUCAUUUUUAUAUAGAGGAAGACUAUCUGAGUUUAGACGGUUUUCAAUUUACUGUAAAACCUGGACCGUGGUACUCGAACGAGGAGAAGGAGAAAGGAACGUUGUUGAUGAGUUAUUUAAAACGAAGACAAAGUGUCAAUGCGGAUGAGGUUUACUUCUACGAAGUCGAGACUUCUCCAAACAUCCCGGUGAAACUUGACUUGACAAUCAACAAAUUGGGAUAUAUUUUCACUAAUCUUGAAGUCGUGCUCCCAAUGAUCAAUCCUCGCAGUCUUCCACUCGCAGAGCUUUCCAUGUUUGACUAUGACGACACCGAUAUCGACCUUGAAAUAUUUCGUUCAGCCAGAGAUGUCAUAUUUGGCUCAAGCCAACAAUCGGUCGGUCUUGAGAAGAUUCCAAACAAAAAAGUGUACAUCAGUCGACCCAAAACUGAUUUCGUAAGAAAAAUUAUAAGAUAUUGGAUGCAAAAUGAAAAAGAAAUUGGGACGGAGUUUUCAAUGUCAUGUGAGGAUCGUUCAGAUCUUGUUGAAAAGAUUGCUAUUUUGCAAGAAGAAUUGCACGAAACACAAGGAUAUUUAGAGGAAAUCAAUCAGCAUUUUGUAUCCGGCUUCUCCAUUCCGUUAAGCUCCACGUCGAAGCUUCUUGUCUAUGGAAUUGAAAAAAACGAGAACGAGUGGUAUACUUUUGAAUUAGUACUGAAAGUUGUGUAA